CUCCCGUUCAAUUUUUUUAUUACAUGGACCCACUUAUCAUCAUCUUCGUGGAGACCAUCUCCUAUACGAGUUCAUCCUGUAACUAAUCCAUCCCGGAGAUAUCUCGAUUCAGCCGAUUUCGUUGCCCCUACUCCACAAAAUCCUCUCCAUAUAAACUCCCCCAUCGCUCUCUCUCCGUUUUCGCAAAAUUCGCAAACAAUAAUUUCUCCAUGAUCGAAAUCCGAUCUCGCCGGAGUACAGCCGCCACCAAGCUCGACAACGAGACAAGAACCCGCACACGAGGUGGUCGGAGUUUCGCCGUACUUCGCCACCUCCAGCCGGAGCUUGCAGCCGCUCGGAACCAUGAAGACCCCUGCCGAGGACGCGAACUACACCGUGAAAAGCUGCACCUCGCAGUCAUCUUCAUAGAGUCCUACGACCACCAUGUCACCGCCAUCUUCCUCGUUGCCACCCUGCUUCGCUCAUCGCGCCACUUUCCAGAGCUCGGAACCGUCGGACGGCUGCCUUCACGUACAUGGGAGUUUGAAAGCAGGACUGCAGGAGACCGGAGAGGAACGUCCGUGUGGCCGCCACGCUGUACACGCCUCGCUGAACGGAGACUGCGGGAGCGCCGCCAUCGACCAUGUACGAGCCGUCGUCAUCGUCUUCAUGAGCACCGGCUUUACCUACUGCCGCUGAAUACGAAGGUUGAAGAAAGGUGCGCUAGGAUCGCGGGUCUACACUCAAUGAGCCUGUGGCGUUGAUGGACUCAAUUUAUCUUAAGUUUUUCGUUGCUUUUAUUUGAGCUAGCCUUGAGCUAUGCAAAGUUGUAAUAAAUUAAACUCUGGAUUUGUUCGAUUCGUGUAAUAAUGACAUUGUGUUUUACAUGGUAUUUCAUCAACUGUGAGUGCUAGCUUAUGAUCCAGGGACUAGCAUGUUAAUCACAGGGACUUAGGAUCCUACCCGAUCCAAGGUCAUUACAUCUAUCUAUAAAGUUUGUGAAGUUAUUGUUGCUGCAAUCUUA